UUGUGCUGUGAGAUGACUACUCGCAGUCACACCCUCCACAAGUGCUCGUGCCGCACGCUGAUUGAUCCGCCGCGCCGUCUGCCGUGCCGCACGCUCGCCGCGCGCUCUCCGCUCGUGCCAGUUGUUUGUCAGCGAGUGGCGACGCUCCCCGCUCUUACAGCAGCCGCCUCUCCCCAGCAUCCUGGUUGUGCAUGCUGUCGUCUGCUACUUCCAGCAGUGAAACCCAUGCACGGUCGUGCAGCUGGCACCAGCAUCCUCCUUCCCCACCUUCCUCGUCUCACCGCAUCCUAGAGGAGAGCUGACGACAGCCAGACGUUGGUCGACGAGGAAGACAGGAACAUGGCGCAGCGCCUUGCCCUCGGGGGGAGGCGAGAAAGACGAGAGGAAGAUAAAGUGAUGUUACGUGUAGGCAAUGCUGCAUCCACAGAACAGCCGUCUAGACGCUGGUGUAGGUCUGCCCUUUACACUCAGCAGCAAACCCAAUUCUUAGACGGAGACUGUUAAAUAAUCCAAUGGAGGAGGCGGAAUUGCCCGAGUCCUCUCAGUGGACUGGGCCAAUGCAGGACGACUUCUCGCUGUCCGGACGAGGUGCCAACAACUACACCCUCUCCUUCUCCCACCCGUGGGGUGUGCCCUCCGUCAGCAUCACAGUCGCCGUGGUAUACAGCGCCUGGAUUACCGCAGCAAACAGCCUGCUGGUCGCUGUCCUUCUCACCAGUCCCAAGCUCCUGAACAGCCGACAGAACAUGCUGCUUCUGCACAUCGCCAUCGUCGACCUGUCUGUGGGUCUCUUCUACUGCCCCCUCACCGCCGACUACUACAUCCGGGGCCAAUGGACACACGGCUGCGACAGCUUCUUCGUCUGGUUUAUUUUCUCAUACCCACAGGUAUUUUUGUCCCUACAUCUGGUGGUCUGCUGAACUUACUGCGUGUGCUGGGAUCCUGCUGCACCAUCCGAGUUGGUCGGGGGUGAGGAAUGUCUGUUCGGUGCUGCGCUGAUGCUGCUGUGGUUCUACCUGGUGAACAUCUGCGCCGUGCUGGACAGCAGCCGCCGCGACAAACUCAAGAUCGCCAUCGGCUCGGGGCGGUUGUGCCGGGCGCUGGUGGCCAGCGACAGUGCAGUAGCGGUCAACGUCCUCGUCUUCUUCGUGCCGGCGGUGAUCACCGUCGGUCUGCUGGUGACCAACGUGGUCCGCGAGAAGACGGUCACCGCCAUCCCCCGCACACAGCUGCAGCUGGACUCGGAGACCGAGCAGACCUCGCGCCUGCCUCUGGCCCUCCUGGCCCUGGGCACCCUGACUUCCUGUCUGACGCCAUUUCCUGCUUUCGUCAUCAACACCACGCGGGCCAGCGGCGGUUGUGCCUUUGCGGAGUGUCUGCGCUGGGCCAUCCCGCUCACCACCAUCAGCGAGUGGGUCCUCUUCGCCAAAGCCGGGCUGGUGCCUCUGGUCUGGCUGCAGGCCCCUGAUUUCAAGAUGGCGCUGCUUGGUGCGUUUCAUCACUUCCGGCGGGUGCCCACUUCGGACACGCGGGACCUGGUGGAUGCUGAAGUCAGAGACGAGGUGGACGACGCCCCAUUCAGUGACAUGUAACACGUGUGCGUUCUGCGUUGUCUCCAGUGACGUGUAAGGCGUGUUCACCAAGCCUGCGGUGACGUGUCGUAUGUGUGAGUCUGGACUGUUACAUCAUGUCUAUACAGAAAUAUAAUGCGUGUGCGUUCUGGAUUGUCAGUGACGUGCAGCACAUGUGGUCCGGACCAUGUGUCAAGUCACAUGUAACGUGUGUGCGUCAGUCUGUAUCACCAUUCUGCAGUAAUGUUGCAUCCUGGACUGUUAUACCACGCCUCCAGUGACGUGUAAACCAGUGUGUUACACCUUUCAGUGCAGUAUGUCGAACACGUGUGCGGUGUGGACUGUUACAUAGACAUUGCUGUGACGUACUGUGUGUGCGGUGUGGACUGUGACAUAGACGUUGCUAUGACGUACUGUGUGUAUGGUGUGGACGUGUUACAUAGACGUUGCUGUGACGUACUGUGUGUAUGGUGUGGACUGUUGUAGCGUGAAUGUAACUCACUGACCAAUGAGCUCUUCACUGUUUCGCCGAAUGCUGACUGUCAGAGAUGAAACUCCCGGUGCAGCGGUCGUGCCUUGGCCGACCCGGGUACAGAACAUUUCGCAAAAGCCAUCAGGAUUUAUGGUUUGUUUACCCCUAGACCAUGGACUACUGGCAGAAGGAGACGAGAAUGAUUAUUCUGGAAAAUGUCUGUGUUUUAACUUUUUUCAAGUAAUGUAUUUGCAUACUGUGUAAUGUUUAUAAGCCUGUGAACUUUUGUUGUUCGAAGCGUGUUUUCUUGUUUAUUUGUUCAAAACUAAUUUUUAUUUCCGCAAUAAUCAUUUACAUAAAAUGUUACCUUAAAACAAAAUUGUUUACCUACUGUAUGCAUUUGGAGCUGGCUUCAUCUGGCUUCUACAACACUGUUACAACCCUGUUACAAUCCUGCUACAACACGUGUUAUAACCCUGUUACAAUCCUGCUACAACAUUGUCACUUGUGUUACACUAUAGCCUGCUGAUGCUGCGACUGUUCCUGCUGUUGUCACUGCUAUAUAUAAUUUUGUUCUGCUGCCGCCUCUAUCCUUUACUGAUAAGGCUACAAUUUGUUGGUGUCUCAGGUACAACUACAAUUAUUUAUCUCAAAGAUUUGUUUUGAUGCGUUUUACCAAUUUUUCAUUUCACCCCCCAAAAUUUACAACCAACUUCAUGAGACAGGAUACCUUUUACACUAUUUUAACCCUGUUCUUUUCGAUUUUAAACUGAAUUCAUUCGUACAGGAGAAUAUCUGAUCUGAAUCUUCUAAUAACAGUAGUCGACUUUACAAAACAUUGCCAGUACACUUGCCCAACAGUUGUACUUCGGGACAUUUCGGAGGUUCGACGCUUCGGUACUUUGUCCUUAUUAAGAACGGCUUCAUUGCCACAGCUGUGACAUAGCUAGGAUGUGCCACAGCUGUGACAUAGCUAGGAUGUGCCACAGCUGUGACAUAGCUAGGAUGUGGCACAGCUGUGACAUAACUAGGAUGUCAAUACUGCCAGCAGCACAGUUGCUACACCCGUUAGCUCGCAUUGUAUUGGACACUGCUCUAUAAUCUGCUUUCUCGCUCAGCUAAAGAACUAAUGGUGAUGCCAGACUGUGAAAUCCAUGCCAGAUGUGUUCACACGUGAUCGAUGUGGACGUCUGUGUGAUUUGUUGAUCUGUUGUACGUCACUGGGUGAGCCGCCGCUCAGACGGUUUGGGGAUCGGGUGGUACCAAGGACUUGUCAGGACCUACCCUCAAGCUUCCAGACAAAUUGUUAGUGUGACUAUUGGAUUGCACAGUUAUAUGAGCCAUGUUUUAUGAACAUCAAUGAACAUCAAUCUUCUUGUUCUUCCAUGUGUCUGGAUUGCAUCUCUUGUGUUCAGAUCCUACACAAUGAUAACCAAAUGAAUUAGUUUCAUUCUUCCGUAUAACUUCAUCAGAAGUAUUAUAUUCCAAAUAUUAUACUAUGUAUUAAUACGAUGAUCACGAGAAGAGUUUCGUUUUACUUUUCUUUGUGUCCGAAUUAGAAAUACUGUGCUUAUAUCAAGUACUGUGUGUGUUGAUAGCUACAGCAUUUAUUUCAUCACUAGUCUGCUUACAAGUCUUUGUACAUCCUAUUGACAGUCAUUAGACCCACUCUGUUAGAGUUGUAGUAAUGCAGCGAUAACUAGGAAUAUUUGAAAAUAUUGUCAACCUGAGUUAUGAAUUCAAUGCAGGAAAUCUUAAGUGCUGGGCUUGGUGUGUUUAAUGUGAUCUUACACAUAAAUAACAAUGUCAGCACCUUGGUUUUAACUUCCUGUGUCUAUUCAUUUGAAUGUGGAUUUUUGAUAACAACUAUUCUCCUUUUUUCGUGUUUAAUUUUAUUAUUAAAAAGCUUCUGAUAACAUGU